UGCAUGCCCAUUCUGCAUUGCUCCCUUCGUCUGCAGGGAACGGCUGCUUCCUAGCGCCUUUCUCGGCUUCCUCAGACUCCUGCAGCUGCAGCAAUCCGAUCAUCUUCAUCCCAUGUAAUCCAGCCCUUGUGCCUCGUAGUGCCAAUCUCUUGUCCAAAUUUUGGCCUGACAGCAGCAUGUCUGAACUAAAAGACUGCCCACUUCAGUUCCAUGAUUUUAAGUCAGUAGACCAUCAAAAGCUGUGCCCCCGCUACACAGCUGUCCUGGCCCGUUCUGAAGAUGAUGGUAUCGGCAUUGAAGAACUCGACACCUUGCAGUUGGAGCUUGAAACCCUUUUGUCUUCUGCUAAUCGCCGACUUCGGGUAUUGGAGACUGAGACGCAGAUCCUGACAGACUGGCAAGACAAGAAAGGGGACAGACGAUUCAUGAAGUUGGGCAAGGAGCAUGACUUGAGCAUUAUUACUAUCAAACAUAAGACUAAGAAGCAGAAACUGGAAGGGAAAGGUGGUCACAGCACAGGUCCAGGUCCUGGGCGGCCUAAAUUUAAGAACAUGCAGCCUAAAAUCCAAGAGUAUGAAUUCCCAGAUGACCCAAUUGAUGUGCCCCGUAUUCCCAAAAAUGAUAUGCCUAAUAGGUUCUGGGCCUCUGUAGAACCAUAUUGUGCUGACGUCACCAGUGAGGAGGUGCGUACGUUAGAAGAGCUGCUGAAACCUCCUGAAGAUGAAGCUGAACAUUACAAGAUCCCACCCCUGGGGAAACACUACUCCCAGCGCUGGGCCCAGGAGGACAUGCUAGAAGAGCAGAAGGAUGGGGCUCGGGCUGCAGCUACUGCUGAUAAGAAGAAAGGCAUCUUGGGGCCACUGACAGAGCUGGACACUAAAGACGUGGAUGCUUUGCUGAAAAAGUCAGAGUCCCAGCAUGAGCAACCUGAGGACGGCUGUCCCUUUGGACCUCUGACACAGCGUCUCUUGCAGGCACUUGUAGAGGAGAACAUCAUCUCGCCCAUCGAAGAUUCGCCUAUUCCUGAGAUAGCAAGCAAGGAUUGCACAGCUGAUGGUGCCAGCACUUCUCCCCGCAGCCAGAACAAGCCCUUCAGUGUGCCUCACACCAAGUCUCUGGAAGGUCGCAUCAAAGAAGAGCUGAUUGCUCAAGGUCUGCUAGAGUCAGAGGACCGACCUGCUGAGGACUCGGAGGAUGAAGUAUUAGCUGAGCUGAGAAAGAGGCAGGCGGAACUGAAAGCUCUGAGCACCCACAACCGAGCCAGAAAAGUUGAGCUGCUCAGGCUGGCCAAGGAGGAGUUGCAUAGGCAGGAGCUGCGGCAGCGUGUGCGCAUGGCAGACAAUGAGGUUAUGGAUGCCUUCCGCAAGAUAAUGGCAGCCCGCCAGAAGAAGCGCACCCCGACAAAGAAAGAGAAAGACCAAGCCUGGAAGAGCCUUAAGGAGCGCGAGAGCAUCCUCAAACUGCUUGAUGGCUAAUGCAGGGGGUCGAAUGCCAACCGCUUGGCCAGGCCCCCCCGAUUCAGUCGCCGGAGAUGCCCCAGUUUAAGGGCCGUGCCAGCAGAAAAUGCAAGACUGCAGCAGCUCCUCCCAGCAUCCUGCCUGGCCAUGUUGUAGCCGGGGAUCCAGGCAGGCCAGCGGCUGGCAGCUUGCUAGGGUUUCCUGUGUGGUUGUGAGCAUUGUCACCUGGAUGGGAGUCUGGAUCGCUAAAGAUGGCAGUCUCUUCCAUGUCAUUUGUAGAAGAAGAUUGCCAUAGGAGGCUCUUGAGGGCUGCUUUUUCAGUGGUCCUUUGCUUCAUGGUGAACUAUCAGCGGCUACAGGGAAGAUGAAUUUUGUAGGUGGGAGCAAAAUUCCCCCAAAGCACUUGAAUGAUGCACACUUGGGAGCAGUCGGCUGACCCCUUUUCGCUGCACCUGGUGCAUUCCACCAGCUUCUGGGGUGAGGGCUGUUAAAAAAACUGAGCUGCCAGUGAAGCUCUGAAACCUGGAAACCAGCCCUCUCCUAUACAUGAUUUAAGUAGGUGUUUGCAGUACCCAGCUUUGAACAGUAGAGGGAACUAUAGCUCCUGCUGGGUUAUGGUUGAACUUUUCCAUGGUUAGCAUGUCAGUCAAAUGAGCGAUGGCCCAAACCUUUUGAGGCUGCAGAGAGCUGCGUUGUAGGUCAGAAUUGUUUUUGAGUCUCUGGUGGCCUCGUCUGUUUCCUGUUCUGCUCAGCCCCUUCCUUGGCAGUGGUAACGAUGAGUGAUGUGUGUUCUCUUCUGCCUGCCCGUAGUACGUAGGAAGGACUUGGCCUCUGUGGAGCUGAGUGGAGGAGUGCUACUGGAUUUUUGAGGCAGAAGGCCAAGCUGAAGGAUACAUGCAGCACUUCAGGUACCAGGAGAGUCAGGAAGGUGAAGAUGGGGCAUUUGGUGGGUUCAAAGGUGGGACCAAGUAGUCUUGACUCGCCUGGGCCUCACAGCUGAAGCAGCAACAGAAUUGGAGGGGGGGUGGUUAUAGACCGUAGUGAGGAUCACAGCUGUGGCUGCUAUGGGAGAAGCACUCGCUGUUCUUUCAGAGUCUAUAUUUUGCUCGGGGGGGGGGGCACUCUUGAGAAACAAAAACAAGAAUACUACCUGAGACCAGAGAGAGUGAUCAGGGAAGAAGCAAAGCAGCUAAUGCUUGCUUAUCUUUUUUACGGAAGGCAUCACUGACCCUCCUGGGCAUUUUCUCCGAUCUGCCGGGAAGGUGAAAUAGAGCUGUGGUCAGCUGCGUGGCCAGAGGCUGUUUCCUUCCUGCCGAGCUUUUUGUUUGCAGAGUCCUGCCCUGCUGCCUACGGAUCUGGUCCACCAAAUGAAAGGCCUGGGGUGGGGGUAUGGAGGAGAAUGGACUGGCAUGGGCUGCUUUCCUCUUGGGUGCAGUUGCAAAUCACAGCCCAGGAGCCUGCUGCUUGUCCAGAUGCAUUUCUGCAGUGCAGUCCUGCCUGCUCUGGUGUUCCCUGUCUAGCUUCAGCUACUUGCCUCAAGCUCCCGGUGCACCAUUUGCUGUUCCAGGAUGAGCUCAGUUGCCCCCUUACCCGGUGCUUCCAUCAGGGUCCCAUACAGCAUGCGUGGAAGGUGGGACCCAAACAAGGCUGCCACAUUUAUCACAGAUACGUUGUUUUCCAGCCUACCGUUUUCUUCCACUACCAACUCCAAGGUUUGAUUCCUUCUUAGCAAGCGUCUUUUGAAAUGUAUGAUGUCCGUCCUUGAACUCCGCUUGUGGGCCCUUUUCCUCCCUUGACUACCAGUGUGUUUCAAGGCUGUUCUGGGAAAUUUCAAGCAUUGUGGUAUAUAAAUGUGUGAGAUAGCUUUGGAAACAGCCUAAAAGCAGAAGUUGGAGGUAGGAAGUGGGGAGCUGAAGCGGAAGAGCUCGCACUUGAGGCAGGGUUAAGUGAAUUCUUCACAUGCUGUGCUCUGCCACCGUUUGUGUCAGCGUGGGCCUUCACUCGAAUUCUUCCAGAGUGUUAAUAAAUCAUUACUACAGGA